AUGUCUGACAGCAUUAUCGACGGGCCGAAAUCUAAAAUACCAGCUUCAAGAAAGCUUCUCUUGAAGACUCUUAUGCUUGCGAAAGCAAGUGAAGAUUUAGAAAAAGAGAUAAAAGAGGCAGAAGAAGAGAAAGUCAGAACUCUUUCAGAAAAUGUCCCUCCUCUGCAGUAUGCUGGGCUCUCCCAUAAGGAAUUAAAGGAAUUAUGUACAGGACUUCAUAAAAAGAUUGAUGCUGUUGAUGAAGAGCGCUACAACAUUGAAGAAAAAGUGAAAAAGAAUGAUCUGGAGAUUCAAAGCUUGAACCAAAAGAUUUUUGACCUGAAAGGAAAAUUCAAACGCCCCACGCUACGGAGAGUGCGUAUUUCUGCAGACGCCAUGCUUAAGGCUCUAUUGGGAUCUACCCACAAAGUUUCUAUGGACUUCAAAGCCAACUUAAAAUCAGUGAAGAAGGAGGAUGAGAAGGCAAAACAGGAAAAAACGGUUGAAGUCACUGACUGGCGUAAGAACAUUGAAGCCAUGUCUGGAAUGGAGGGCAGGAAGAAGAAAUUUGACACCAGUAAUGCAUAAAAAGACCAGAAGACAAGAAUUUCAAGUUCUCAAGAUUUGUAAUAGUCUUUUUACAGAAUUUGGAUUAAUUUGUGAAAGUAAUUACAUACAUUGUAGGUUCCAACACCGAACGCUUAGUAACAUCUACACAUUUCUUCAAUUUCAGAAACUUCUUUAUAUUUGUUAUCGCAAUCUGUCACACCAUUUUCAAAUGUUUUAGAUGAACAAUAAUAAACUAAAUAUUGUAAAAGGUUAUUUUUUUUUUUUAGAGAUAUGUAAAUUAACCUUGUAUUAAACACGUCAAACAAUC